AAGGCGAGCCUUUUAACAUCGGUGUUAUUUGUUUAAAAAAUACGUGAUUAAUUUUUAAAAUGACCCUAAAAAAUUAAAUAAUAGCUAUGAGUGAGGAGGAGGAUUAUUAUUGUCGGCUUUGCGCUGAGCCUACUCCAAAAGCCCAGUUAAUAUCGCCUGAUGAAGAUGUUGCAAUUAGUUCAAAGGUGGCCACUAAAUUACUCUGGAUAAACAUUGAUAUAUCUUCAUCCAGUACCCUUCCAAAUACAAUAUGCUUCUCUUGUUUCGAUCUAUUGGAAAGGACAUGGUCAUUUCUACACAAUACGCGUUCAGCACAGGAAAAACUGCAAAGUAUUUUUCUAUCACAACAAGACACAAACAAGCAGGAAUCUAACUUAAAAAACGUGGAAAACACUUGUAAACCCGUUGAUCAAAGUUGGGAGAAGUUCCAAGAACUUAAAACUGAAAUAAAAGUUGAACGCGAAGAAUUCACGGAAUACGUUAAAUCCGAAGAUGACAGUGAUCCAGAUUUUACUGUAGUUCGUGAUUUUAGUAUUCAUAGCGGGAAUACAUCAGACAGUGACGUGCCAUUACUUGCAUCAAGAAGGAAAAAACAAAAGCGUGAAUGUAAGAAAGAUUUUAAUAGCUCUAUAAAGAAAGAGCUGCCCAUAGAUCCUCUACCUGACACGAUAACUUGGGAUAAGCAGAUGUGUAGAUGUGCGAAAUGUGAUGCUCAGUGUGAGAAUAUAGCCUCACUUCAACUACACUCUCAACAAAUACACAAUCGCUGCUGUGUUUUCAAAUGCCUUGACUGUAAUAAAAUUGUUCAUUCAUUUAAGACCUUUAUUAAACAUGUACGAACACAUAAAGAGUUCCUUAGAUAUUGUUGUGAGUUUUGUAACAACUUGUUUACUUUGACGUCUGAUUUAAAAAUACACAAAACCAAAGUGCAUGCUGGUAUAUUUCUUAAAAAAUGCAGGAAUUGUGGUUCAGAGUUUGAUACUCCAGAACAAUUACAAGACCACAAGUUACUUUACAAUCAGCGUCAUAAAAGACUGGCAUCUACUCAAGGAGAGGCUGUAUUUGAUCUCAAGUGUAAAGAUUGUAAUAAGGAAUUUAAGUCACGGAGCAAUUUGCAACAACAUCGUCAAGUACACAAAGAACGUACCAGGGAUUUCUCAUGUCAUAUUUGUGGUAAAAUGUUUUUCACUAAAGGUACUCUAGGCACUCAUAUGAUGACACAUGAAGAUACAAAACCUUACAAAUGUCCAUACUGUCCACUAGCAUUCAAAGCCAGAGGAAACCUCACGUCUCACAUAAGCUGUCACUCUGGAGUGAAACCGUUUGUUUGUGAACAGUGUGGUAAAAGUUUUAGAGUUAAGAGACACCUAAAAUCACAUUCUAUUAUUCAUACAGAUCUUAUGCCAUAUGUAUGUGAAUAUUGUGAUAAAACAUUCCGGUUUAAAACACGACUUAACCUUCAUAUACGACAGCACACAGGAGCUAAGCCAUAUAAGUGUUUGUACUGUCAGCGUGAUUUCACAAAUGGAUCUAACUUCAAAAAACAUAUGAAACGAAGACAUGGUAUUGAUACAUCCAAAAAAGCAUAUCAAAAUAUGGAAAUGGAUGAUGCACAGCUUAACAGUGAGAAUGAGAAAGUACUGUAGGGUAAAAAAUCUAAUUUUAUUAUGUUGAAAAUAAGAUUUGUACAUGUUUUGCAUUUUGUUUGUCAUUACUUAUGACACUUAUGUGUAUUGAUGUAAUGAGGUUAACUGCUGCCAUACAGUUUCCAGUUACAGGUCCAUAUCAUAUUGAUAGAAAAUCUGAAAAUAUUUUACUUUAUGUAUUGUAAAAUAUCAAAGUUUUUAUUGUAUAAACAAAAAAAUUCACACCCACCUUCAAGAUACAUUUAACCUUUGUUAGAAGACAACAUCAAUAAAUAUGUCUUACUAUUGUGAUGAAUAUAUGAGUUGAUGUAUUAAUACUU